AUGGCAAAGUUAAUUCGAGUAAUAAAACAAAUAUUUAGUUCAAAUACUAGUGAAUCAUUUGUUAAAUUAGUCGGUACUGAUCGAUUUCAAAAUAAAUUUUAUGAACGUCUUCCCGGUAAUCGACAUUAUAAUUCAUCUCGUCGAUUUUAUGAACCUGCAAAUUAUACAGAUGUUCGACUACAUAUUGAUCCAGCUUGGGAAGCAUGGUUAAGAGGUACUCGGAAAGAGCCUCCAACACUCGAUGAAACAAUUGCAUAUGAAAACAGACGGCAACAAUUGUCAGAAAAUUCAAUCGACAUGUUAUCCACAAGUUAUGGACGUGAUUCAGCACAAGGUGGGACAGGGUCAUUUCCGAUACGAGAUGAGUAUGAGAUUAAUCCAGGUACUAAAUCAAGAGAAAAACAGGAUCCUAAUAAAACACAUUAA